AGUCAGAAGUUUCGGGAGCCACGGCCUGAGAGAGAGGUCAAGGGUCAGUGCAAGAAGCGGGGAGGAGAUGGUGAAGCAGACUAUCCAAAUUUUCGCCCGGGUGAAGCCCACUGUCCGGAAGCAGCAACAAGGGAUUUAUUCCAUAGAUGAAGAUGAAAAAUUAACACCUAGUCUGGAGAUCAUCUUACCUCAUGAUUUGGCAGAUGGAUUUGUGAAUAAUAAGCGAGAAAGCUACAGAUUUAAAUUUCAAAGGAUUUUUGAUCAGGAUGCAAAGCAAGAGACCAUUUUUGAAAACAUUGCCAAGCCAGUUGCUGAGAGUGUACUGGCAGGUUACAAUGGUACCAUCUUUGCAUAUGGACAAACAGGCAGCGGUAAGACAUUCACCAUCACAGGUGGGGCAGAGCGCUACAGUGACAGAGGCAUUAUCCCAAGGACACUGUCAUACAUUUUUGAGCAAUUACAAAAGGACAGCAGCAAAAUAUAUACAACGCACAUUUCCUAUUUGGAAAUCUACAAUGAAUGUGGUUAUGAUCUAUUGGAUCCAAGACAUGAAGCCUCCAGUUUGGAAGAUUUGCCGAAAGUGACAGUAUUGGAGGACCCUGAUCAGAUUAUCCACCUGAAAAACUUGUCUCUUCAUCAGGCAACCACAGAGGAAGAAGCUCUGAAUCUGCUUUUCUUAGGAGACACCAACAGAAUGAUAGCAGAGACUCCUAUGAACCAAGCUUCAACCCGUUCCCACUGCAUUUUCACCAUUCACUUAUCAAGCAAGGAAGCAGGAUCUGCAACUGUGCGACAUGCCAAGCUGCAUUUGGUUGACCUGGCUGGUUCAGAACGAGUUGCAAAGACUGGAGUCGGGGGCCUGCUUCUGACAGAGGCCAAGUAUAUCAACUUGUCACUACAUUACUUAGAACAGGUCAUCAUUGCCCUCUCAGAAAAGCACCGCUCACACAUUCCGUAUCGGAACUCCAUGAUGACCAGUGUCCUGAGAGACAGCCUGGGAGGGAACUGCAUGACGACCAUGAUUGCCACUCUCUCUUUAGAGAAAAGGAAUAUCGAUGAAUCUAUAUCUACCUGCAGAUUUGCACAACGAGUGGCACUCAUAAAGAAUGAAGCUGUUCUUAAUGAAGAAAUCGAUCCCAGAUUGAUGAUUAUACGCCUACAGAAGGAAAUCCAGGAACUGAAGGAUGAACUGGCCAUUGUCACUGGGGAGCAGAGGACAGAGGCACUCACAGAAGCAGAACUCCUUCAUCUGGAAAAGCGAAUAACAUCCUUUUUGGAAGACCAGCAUCCAGAGAGUAAACUAGAGGUUGGCGCUGAUAUGCGUAAAAUUCAUCACUGUUUCCAUUAUUUAAAGAAACUAUUGAAUGACAAGAAGAUACAUGGAACAAGCAUAGCCACCUCUGAAAUCAAAGAUCAAAACAGUCAAGAACCAUUAAAAGAGGAAGAAUAUAAAAAGCUACGAGAUAUUCUACAGCAGAGGGACAAUGAAAUCAAUAUUUUGGUAAAUAUGUUAAAGAAGGAAAAGAAGAAAGCUCAGGAUGCUCUCCACUUCUCCAGCGUGAACAGAAGUGAACUGAGACACUCCCAGAGCUCUCCCUUCCCACCUGGGAACCCGGAAGGUCCAGGGAUGUUGCCACCCUCAGCUCCCACUCAGGCCCCGGACUCCAACACUUCUCAGUACAGAUCCAGUUUGCUCCAUGGAAAAACAGGGAUGAGAGAGGAAAUGUCAUUAGGACGCCAGGAGGCUUUUGAAAUUUUCAAGAGGGACCAUGCUGACAGCGUCACCAUCGAAGACAACAAACAGAUUCUGAAGCAGAGAUUUUCUGAAGCAAAGGCCCUGGGAGAAAGUAUAAAUGAAGCAAGAAGUAAAAUUGGUCGCCUGAAGGAAGAAAUCACCCAGCGGCACAUGCAGCAAGUAGCUCUAGGUAUCUCAGAAAACACACCUGUGCCCUCGACGCCAGACCUGCUGGAGGAGAAGCUUCGAUCACAACUGGAGGAAGAAAAGAGAAGGUAUAAAGCCAUGUUCACGCACCUGAAGGCGCUGAAGGUGGAGAUUGAGCACUUGCAGCUACUCAUGGACAAAGCCAAAGUGAAGCUGCAGAAAGAGUUUGAAGCCUGGUGGGCAGAGGAGGCCACCAGCCUGCAGGUAAACUCCCCAGCAGUGAAUUCAUUGAAUCACAUGAAACCCUUUCCCCAGAUGCCAGAAUCCCAGCACGAAAGGUCCCAGCUUCUCUCUAACAAAAGUGACAUGUAUGCCAGGAAAAUUCUGCCCUCGCCUGGCCCCCUCCUGCACAGCCAGGAGCAGAGCAGCCCCAGCACCCCCCUGGAGGACAGGACCCCGGAGAGGCCAGUGUCGUCGGUCCCACUCACGGGGGACAGCCAGACAGACUCCGACAUCCUGGCAUUCAUCAAGGCCAGACAGAGCAUCCUGCAGAGGACAGGCACCAUCUGUAUGUCAGGCCCUGUACCAGUGCUGGGGCCAUAUCAGUGAACAAGAC